AUGGGUAAUUUUAUAUCUAUAAAUCUAGAGGAUCAUUAUAAAAACAAUGAAAAAUUUCUUCAAAGCCUUAACGAGAUUGCGACUGAAAGGCAAAUCCAAUUGCAAAAUCAAAUGGCUGAGAGGCAGCGCGCUGUAACGAUAGCUCGAAAUAGGGAUUUAUUUUUAUGGUUUACAACGUUUAAUAUCACUGCCACAACUGGACUAUUUACAGGAUUUAGAAGAACCAAGAGGCCAUACUUUCUAAUACCGUUGAUACCGCUGAAUUUCGUGAAUUUGUAUUACUGGGAUCUCGCUUAUGGAAACAAAUUGCACAGGAUUCGCUUGGAGGCAGAACAUAUAAUGACUCAUGAGUCGGACAUGCUCAAAGUACCUUGUGGUCUCCCAACCCCAUCUUCAAUUGACCAGGGCCGAAUGGUUGAAGAGGAGACUAAGAAGAUUCAUCCACCUAUGCCUUAA